UAUUGGCUGCUGGAAAUGGAAAGGCGGGGUUUCUGACGAUUCUAUAUAAGCAGGCUUCGCAGGCAGCACCUUUCUUUUCAGCCGCCAUCUCUGGUCUUGUUGCGAGGCCUGGUCUCCAUCUUUUUAGGCCAGAAUGCCUGUUGCACGGAGUUGGGUGUGUCGGAAGACGUAUGUCACCCCCAGGCGACCCUUUGAGAAAUCACGAUUGGACCAGGAGCUGAAGCUCAUUGGUGAAUAUGGGCUGCGGAACAAGCGUGAAGUGUGGCGAGUGAAGUUCACCUUGGCCAAGAUCCGCAAAGCUGCGCGAGAGCUGCUCACCCUGGAUGAGAAGGAUCAGAGGCGCCUCUUUGAGGGUAAUGCUUUGCUACGCCGUCUCGUCAGAAUUGGGGUGCUGGAUGAGGGCAAGAUGAAGCUGGAUUACAUCCUGGGUCUGAAAAUUGAGGAUUUUCUGGAACGGCGUUUGCAAACCCAAGUCUUCAAGCUGGGCCUAGCCAAAUCCAUUCAUCAUGCCCGGGUGCUCAUCCGCCAAAGACACAUCCGUGUAAGGAAGCAGGUGGUGAACAUCCCUUCUUUCAUUGUCCGCUUGGAUUCUCAAAAGCAUAUCGAUUUCUCACUCCGUUCACCCUACGGCGGUGGCCGUCCAGGUCGUGUCAAGAGGAAGAAUGCCAAGAAGGGCCAGGGCGGUGCUGGCGGUGGGGAUGACGAGGAGGAAGAUUAAGCUGUGGAGCGUGGGGGAACCAUGCCUGCCUUACUGUAUAAUUACACAAUAAAAAUAUUUGUGGGAAAGAA